UAUGCCAUUACCCCCACCGUAAAACUAAAAUUAGCAAAAUGUCAGGAAUGGAAAGAUUGAUUCGCCCAAGAUGCAAUUAUCAUUUAAAAAGUGCUUGAUUGAGGUGCUGAUGCUCGGUGAUUUAUUCUGCAUACCAUAUACAUAAUUAAAGUAGUGUAGUGGAGUAAUUUAUCAAUCUAGUUUAGACUUGAGGGGCAAGGAGCUGCUGCCGCUGCUACUGCUGCUGCUCUAUGUUUGUUUUAUUAAAACGCUUUCGGGAUCUGAUCCCGCCCCCUUUUUGCAACACUGAAACUGAUUAUUACUCCGGCUCGGGAGGAGAGAGUCAUUCGUUUGGGAUUGUGGGAGAGGUAGAGAAAUAGAGACACGGAGAAAGAGAAGAAAAGGGAGGAAGAGAGAAGCAGAAAAGGACACCUCAUCAGGCGUGUAGUUUGAAUCCCUUUCUCGCCUCCCCCUUCCCCUCCGCGAUGUUACAAAGGCUGUGAGCUAUUCGCCUUUUCCCAUUCGCCUGCUGUCACUUCCUUCCUGGACGAUCUCAGGACGAGUCCGGUUACUUUUAAUCCGACCAGCAGCUCAGGCACUUUCUCCUCCUCCACGCCGCACACACGCGCGCCACACACACACACACCCCAGGCACCUCCUGGCUGCUUAUUGGAUUGACUUUGAAGGUUGUGUGUGUGAUUCAAGGCGGCUGCAUGCUGAACCAGGUGGUGAAUAUUUAAGACUGGAAGAAGUAAAGGGAUUUUUUCUUUUUCCCUAUGAAAGGAAAAUAUCUGAAGGACUAGUCUGAUCAGCCAAACAGCUAACUGUUUACAAUCAGGAACGGAUGCAGAGGACUGUGAACUGAGUAGUGUAAGUGCUGAAGAAGAAGGUUUGUUUUGAGGAAACAGGAAAGAGGAAUAAAAGAGAAGGGAAAAAUACGUAAUUUUAAGGAAGAAGGAGAGAAAAAAAAACGGGGACUAUGGGGAGAAAAAAGAUUCAGAUUACAAGGAUUAUGGAUGAACGUAACAGACAGGUGACUUUUACAAAGAGGAAAUUUGGGUUAAUGAAGAAGGCUUAUGAGCUUAGUGUUCUGUGUGACUGUGAGAUUGCUCUAAUCAUCUUCAACAGCACCAACAAACUGUUCCAGUAUGCCAGCACGGAUAUGGACAAAGUGUUGCUGAAAUAUACUGAGUAUAAUGAGCCGCACGAGAGCCGAACAAACUCAGAUAUUGUUGAGACAUUGAGAAAGAAAGGACUUAAUGGCUGUGACAGUCCAGACCCAGAUGCAGACGAUUCAGUAGGUCACAGCCCUGAGUCUGAGGACAAGUACAGAAAACUUAAUGAAGAUAUUGAUCUAAUGAUCAGCAGGCAAAGAUUAUGUGCUGUUCCACCACCAAACUUUGAGAUGCCAGUUUCCAUCCCAGUGUCCAACCACAACAGUUUGGUAUACAGCAACCCAGUGAGCUCGCUGGGAAACCCCAACCUUUUGCCACUGGCUCAUCCUUCUUUGCAAAGGAACAGCAUGUCUCCUGGUGUGACACAUCGGCCUCCGAGUGCAGGUAACACAGGUGGCCUGAUGGGUGGGGACCUCACAACUGGUGCAGGCACCAGUGCAGGAAAUGGAUAUGGCAACCCCCGCAACUCACCAGGUCUGCUGGUCUCACCUGGCAACUUGAACAAGAAUAUGCAAGCGAAAUCUCCGCCUCCAAUGAAUUUGGGAAUGAAUAACCGUAAACCAGACCUCCGUGUGCUUAUUCCACCUGGCAGCAAGAGUACCAUGCCAUCAGUGUCUGAGGAUGUUGAUCUGCUUCUGAAUCAAAGGAUAAAUAACUCCCAGUCCGCCCAGUCGUUGGCUACUCCAGUGGUUUCCGUAGCAACUCCGACUCUACCAGGGCAAGGGAUGGGAGGAUACCCAUCAGCCAUCUCAACAACAUAUGGUACUGAAUAUUCUCUGAGUAGUGCAGAUAUAUCAUCUCUCUCUGGAUUUAAUACAGCCAGCGCUCUUCAUCUUGGUUCUGUGACUGGCUGGCAACAGCAACACCUACAUAACAUGCCACCAUCUGCCCUCAGUCAAUUGGGAGCUUGCACUAGCACUCAUUUAUCUCAGAGUACAAAUCUCUCCCUGCCUUCUACUCAAAGCCUCAGCAUCAAGUCAGAACCUGUUUCUCCUCCUAGAGACCGCACCGCCACGCCAUCGAGAUACCCGCAGCACACGCGCCACGAGGCGGGCAGAUCUCCCGUCGACAGCUUGAGCAGCUGCAGCAGCUCCUACGAUGGAAGCGACCGGGAGGAUCACCGCAACGAAUUCCACUCCCCCAUUGGACUCACCAGACCUUCGCCGGACGAAAGGGAAAGCCCCUCUGUCAAGCGCAUGCGGCUCUCUGAAGGAUGGGCAACAUGAUAACAUUAUUACCUAUUAGUUGGGAUUUUUUUUU